GACGGAUACUGGAUGUCAGCUUUCGUAACAGUAAGCAGUUUAUAUCUUAAACUUCUGAGGAGUUUAUAACUGCUGCAAUACCGGAAUGUCAGCCUUCUGUUAACAGUCAUUUGUAAUCUCACGUACUUUAGAGGGGUGUGCAUCAAAGUCCAUCAUAGCUAGCUAAGAAGCGUCGUCGGCUGUUUACGAUCAAACAUGGCGAUGAGGAGCGAAAGCAGAGUUGAAGCCGAGGUGGAGGAAGAGGAGAGCUUUGGGCCUCAACCCCUCUGCAGACUGGAGCAAUGCGGGAUCAGUGCCAGUGACAUCAAGAAGCUGGAGGACGCUGGCUUUCACACCAUCGAGGCCGUGGCCUACGCGCCCAAGAAGGAGCUGCUGAACAUCAAGGGCAUCAGCGAAGCCAAGGCAGAGAAAGUCCUGGCAGAGGCAGCCAAGCUGGUCCCCAUGGGGUUCACCACAGCCACCGAGUUCCACCAGCGCAGGGCCGAGAUCAUCCAGAUCUCCACCGGGUCCAAAGAGCUGGACAAGCUCCUGCAAGGUGGGAUCGAAACCGGGUCCAUAACAGAGAUGUUUGGGGAAUUUCGGACAGGAAAGACACAGCUCUGCCACACCCUGGCAGUUACUUGCCAGCUCCCCAUCGACCAGGGCGGCGGAGAGGGCAAGGCCAUGUACAUCGACACGGAGGGCACCUUCCGACCCGAGAGGCUGCUAGCCGUGGCAGAGAGGUACGGACUGGUGGGGAGUGACGUCCUCGACAACGUGGCCUACGCCCGAGCCUUCAACACAGACCACCAGACCCAGCUGCUGUACCAGGCCUCCGCCAUGAUGGCCGAGUCCAGGUACGCUCUGCUGAUCGUGGACAGCGCUACCGCCCUCUACAGGACAGAUUACUCCGGCAGGGGGGAGCUCUCCGCCCGGCAGGGUCACCUAGGCAGGUUCCUGCGCAUGUUGCUGCGGCUGGCUGACGAGUUUGGUGUUGCCGUGGUGAUCACCAACCAGGUGGUGGCCCAGGUGGAUGGCGCUGCCAUGUUUUCUGCGGAUCCCAAGAAGCCCAUUGGGGGCAACAUCCUGGCCCAUGCCUCCACCACCAGGCUGUACUUAAGGAAAGGCCGAGGAGAGACUAGGAUAUGCAAGAUCUACGACUCGCCGUGUCUCCCGGAGGCCGAGGCCAUGUUCGCUAUCAAUGCUGACGGAGUGGGCGAUGCUAAAGACUGAGGGGCGCAGCCUCGGACUGAGGGGCGGAACAGUGCAGGCCCAAAGUGCUCUCCCACCGACACAGAUAAAGGGGGCGCUGUCACCACUUACCAGCCAGUCCUGCAGGAGUGUCAGGCAUCAUUUUCAGAGGGAUCAUUGUGUACAUCAGUUUGUUCCAGCACAGGCUCUUUAAUAAUUAUUUAAUCAUCCCAGUCAUUUACUAGGCAUUUUCCAAUGAAAGGACAUGUUAUAGCAGAAGAUCACUCAUGUGCACUGAUGUCAUAGGUUUUGCUGAAGUACAUCUCGGGAAAUGUAUUGGUGUACAUUUACAUAGCUAAUGAACUAUUCAGAGUAAUUUAAAGCACAGGAAUUGCUUGGAGCGAAAGCCAGCACACACACUGGCACUCCAGCACCUGAGCUCUAUACACCUGCCUUACGCUACACCCAAGAUGGUCUGCUUGGUUUGCCCCAGCCUUGGGGCUUUUUUGUUUCCUUUUCUAGAAAGUUUUGUGAAAUUUUAGAAAUGGUAAGAAGCUUUUGGAGAAACUUUAUUUAAAAGCAUUGCAGGAAGUGAUUUCAUACCUGAUGAUGUGAGAGAGGGAAAGGGGAAGAUGCAUACUGCAAGGCUUCAUGGGAAAAAGCACUAAUCCCCAGCAGCAUCUUUGUCAUGUUUCUUCUGGGUGCUCCUAUGCUCAGAAGAAGCAAGGGAAUAUCAUCAGAUCAGUGCCCUUGUAAAAAAAAAAAAACGCUUCCUGUCAUUUUUAGGUUUAUUAAGCAACAGCCACCAAGUUGUUUAGUUAUUCGCUGGGGCUUCCCAAGUACAUUUCCUUUUGGUUUUUUGUGUGGCUGAUAUUCUGUACAUUUGAACU